AUGGAGUACUGGAAGAUGGUGCUGCGUCAGCAGCGUCAGGCUCAGGAUGAGUCUGCUGCUGCUGCUGCAGCAGCAGCAGCAGCAGCAGAAGAAGCUUCUGCCGACGAAGAAAAAGAGGAUGCCGACGACAACAACAACAGCAGCAGCAGCAGCAGCAGCAGCAGCAGCAGCAGCAACAGACUGCAUGCGUUGCUCGAUGCUGGCUUUUCUCUCGUUAUUAAAACCCCCUUCAGCCCCCGGGACCUGCUGAGGGAGAAGCGCAGCAUGCAGCAGCGGCAGCUGAAAGAGAGGCUGCAGCAGCAGCAGCAGCAGCAGCAGCAGCAGCAGCAACAGCAACAGCAGCUCCUGCUGCUCCAACAGCUGCAGCAACAAAUGCAGCAGCAGCAACAGCACCAAGGUUUUAAUACAGAACAAUAA